UAUUUUGGUUUCGUGGAGCCUCUUUUUAUCAUGAGAAAAAUGUAUUAAAUCCGCCUUAAUUGUUUAGUAUUUCGUAUUAAAGUGUUCCUGUGGGUUUUAGUGUGUAGUUUGGUGUGUGAGGAAAAUGGAAAAACUUACAAUUGCAAGCACAUUUCAGAAAUCCGUGGACACAUUGAAAAACACGGUUUGCAGCCAGAAGGAUAAGCUGCAUCACUUCAAACAGAUCAGCGAUUGUAUUCAAUCCCCGCACUUCCAUGUCAAUCAUUUCCUGCACACCAGCACUGCAAUCAAUGUCCUCUUGCUCUUCUGCGAGGACACGGAUCCCAUGAUCCGUAUGAAUGCAGAGGAGAAUCUGUGUAAGAUUAUUCGGCACUGUGAGACUGGGAACAUCCCGAGAGUUCAGGUUGAUCUGUACCAUGAAAUCAAGAAGAAUGGCAAUGAGAGAUCCCUCCGGAUUUGCCUCAACAUCUUCAGUCACUACUGUCCACAGAUUAAGCAACGAAAGGCACGCUCGUAUGCCCAAAAUCUCCUGCAUUGCAUUGCAGCAAUUGCCAAGAGGCGCGAGACUCUCCUCCUGGAGGCUCUCACGGAAUUCAUUAAAGUUUUCUGCGAAUACCUCCAAUGCAACGUGAUGGACAACGAAUUGGUUGUGGUUUUGCAGAUUUUCCUCGACGACCUUUCAUCCACGUGCGCUGUGAAGAGACGCUGCUCCGCACAGAACCUCGUGACCUUCAUUAAACAUUCUCGGAAGACUUGUGAACUCGCCAUGCUGGCUCUCUCCAAAAGUUUAGAUAUCUUGAUGAAGCAACAAUCCACAGAAUCGACUGUAGGUGUCCUUGGGUUUAUACGCUUGUUGGUUCCUCUGCUGCUGCAAGAGAAGAACUGUGAUCUCUCGAAACUCCUUGAAGUCUAUGAAACUUGCCUUGGUUACAUGCAAGAGGGUAACCACAGUAUUAUUAAUGCAUCGCUCGAAGUACUGAAUAUGCUGACACUCAAUCCAUCGUCUAAAUGGAGGGACAUCCUCACUGAUACCGCUCUUGCCUCGAAGGAGAUUCUCCUAAAAAAACACGGACUUGUCACGUCAAUAACCAUUGAGGCGGAUGCUGCAGCUCCGGAGUCGUUGGUUAUUGAACAAAGCCCCGAGGAGGAAAAUGUUCACUUGAAAGCUCAACUGCUGUGCGAAUCACUUGACAGCGCAUCUCUAACCAUGGGAAUGUCUGAUGUGGAAUCUGAAUCAUUGCAGAGUAUGGAUUUGCGGUCUGAUUUUGGGGAAACGGCGUCAGGUGUUGCAAAUCCCGACACAAAAUCACUGAAAAGUCAAAAGUCCACCGACUCAAUUGGUUCAUUCUUCAAUGCACUUCUCACAAAUCCCCUUCCCAAUACCACGGAGACGGUGACAAAUUUCUUCCGGGGACAGAAGUCAAACGAAUCCUCGGUCACUAACACCCCCAAGAGCAUCCCCAGAGUCCCCGAGGAGGGUGAACUGCAGGAGAUUCUUCAUGAGGAUGGGUGUGAGGCGGAAGAGAAUCCCAUAGAUGGCAUAGAUAGGGAGAGUGAUGUGAAAAAUAGUCCAGCAGAUGCUGAGAAAGAGGACGAAUUGGUUGUUGAGUAUGAGACAGUGGAGGGGGAGGAGGAUGCAUUCCUGGGUGGGGCAAACAUUGAAAUUGGCACAAUAUUCGAUCAGUCUGUGCUCUCCUACACCGUACGGCUAAUUGCAUCGAAAUUUAUCUUGAACGGCGAACGCGGUGGAUUCCAUUCUGAUCAACAAGUGAGGGUAUCGAUAAAAAAUCUCUCCUUGUCCGUAAUCGCCAACUGCAUACUUCUCUCGCCGCAAAUGCUGCUGCAACCGUUGGAAAUUGAGUCGAGGGGUGAUUUAAUAAAAAUUGAAUUGGAAAAAGCCACCGAGGAAAUACAAGCUGGCGAAGGGGCUGGGGGAGUUGCAACGGUGGUGGUGGUGGUGGAAGAAGGGACGAAGGGCUGUGAGAAGGGUAGUGAAAACAGUGAGGGAUAUUUGGAGAUGAAGGAUGAUCACUUUGGGAAAAGUGAAACAUCCUACAAGGAUUAUUUCACGCCAUUGACCAAGAACGACGCUACCCAGUUGGAGUCGUGGACAACACCGAAAGUGGAUUUAGCACCAAAAAUCAAUAGGGAUUUGAGUGCAUUGCUCACCAAAGCGGGUGGACAAUUGAAAAUUUCCACCACCCCCAUCCUGGCGACACCCCGAAAAUCGUUACCAAAAACAUCCAACAGAACUCAAUUCCUUACCGAUAUUCUCCAGCUGCAUUCGCAUCCCGAUCCAAUUAUCCGAUGUGAUACCAUACAAAUUGUGUGUAACUUUGUUAAGUGCCUGAGCUGUGGGUCGAUUGGGUACGAGCAAGUUCUCGAGGACGGGGGUGAGAUGCUCAAAUUCCCAAAACUCAUCGGAAUUGUUAUGCAGGGUUUAUCUGAUGAGAAUCAUGCUGUUGUUCGUCAAGCUCUCACUGCAACGGAGAACAUCCUCCCCUACUGGCUUUUAUGUGGCAUCCACAAUACCACAAACCUUGAAAUGAUAUCGGUGGGUGGUUAUUUAGCAAGUUUGUUGGACGUUAAUGAUGUUAAAUACUGGACAGUUCGGUGCAAGUACAGCGAGGUGUUGGCAAAUUUGGAUUUUCCUGCAUUAUAUGAAUUGCUGGGCCAUGAUGCUGCAGCUGAAUUUGAAACAAUGUGCUUUGAACAUAUUGUUAGCAUGGUGAGCGAUGAGGAUGCCCGGAUAAGGAGUACAGCGACCAAAUCAUUAGUUCAGUACACCAUCAAACGUGGUAGUCAAAGGGCCACCCUCAAUGAACCACUGAGUGACCUUAGAGAGGAAUUAUGUCGCAGAGUUUUCCAAGAUCUCCCACCCCUAUUGGGUGCCAUGGAAUUCAGUGGCAAUACCCAAAGUGACCCAACUCUUGUGAGGGUUCUCUAUGUUCUCAGCAAUAAGUUGAUUACCGGCAAUGAUAGGGAGGCCACUAUUGGUGUCCUAAGUGCCGCAAAGGAGCUCUCGUGUGUCUUUAAGCCAACUACCUACUACGGGGUGUGGAAUGAAUUCAAUUUCUUGGGUGUUGUGUUAAAGUAUGUCCACGAAAAUCCAAUCACCGUUUACGAUCUCACGGCACACAGUGAUGCUCUUGAGUUCUGUACAUCCUUGCUGUCGGCAAAAGCCCUUCACGGGGAUACGGAGAAUCUCAUUGAGCCCCUACUAAUCCACUUAUUCAAAUUGAUUAAUGUCUAUCAUCACAUAUUCACGGCAUCGAAGGUGAUUACAUUGCCCAAGGGGCAGAAGAGUGAUAUUUUCCUCAGUGGCAAAGAUACAAUGAAGCUCAAUAAUUUGGGCUACUUUGGCAAUGAUUUCACCUACGUGAAGCUGUACAGGAUGCUAAAGGGGGCCUUUGAGUCUCGCAAAAUUGCCAUCAAUGAGGAGGUUAGUGCCAAGAUGAUGACCCUACUGCGGAGCUGCCUUAGGGUGCUUACGUUAAUUUUCGAAAUAAAGCCCAUGGUGUCAAUCAGCCAGUCAACAUCGGCCAUUGAGGAGAUGCUCACAUAUCUACUGAGUUGUGUACAUUACCAACCAAAGUGGUGUGUCCUGUGUACAAAACACAUGCUGAGACAUUUCUUCGAUAAGAAUUUCAUCUCUCGCCGCGGGGAGUUUCAGCACCUCAUUGACACCUUUGAGAAUUUCACACACAUCACCAAUGUUGAGAAUGUUCUUCGGCAGAUCCGAGAAUUUGGUGGUUGUGAGAAAAAAUCCCUCCCCUACGAGGAUGUGGGGCAUCAUUUGAAGAUUUUCGAACCAAUGGUCAUACAUUGCUUGCGGCUCUUUAUGAAGGCCAACUCUGCGCUGCAGUCCGUCAUCCUGGAGCUCCUGUGCCAGCUGUUGGAUUUCAAAGUGAACUAUUACCUCCUCGAUGCCAAUAAUGUGUUCAUUGAGUACAUCCUACGGCAUUUGGAGAUCAUCGAGACGGGAUGUGUGCGACAGUGUGAGGUCGUCAUUGGGAGCAUCUACAAGUUUCUCUUCCACUUGUGCCGGCAAUCGAGGGAGAAGAAGGUCAUAACGAUUCCCAAAAUAAUUAACAUUACGGACAAUUUGCUGGCCAACAGUACCAUCAGGAAGUGCAGUAUUCGUGCUCUUGUGGAAUUAGGUCAUGAAUUGUUCUUCAAUUGCAGUGCCACAACAGGCAAUGAAUGGUGCACGGAGAAGGAGGUGGUGUUCACGAUGAUGCUCAAAUUUCUCGACUACGCACAAGUCCAGCGAGCUGUGGCAUUAAUUGUGCUGUCGCAGAGAAAUGUGGACAAGUCCUAUGAGAUUGAUGCCCAUUCUUAUCUCUUGACAUUACUGCGAGAUGAAAAAUUUACAAUUGAUUGCGAAGAGCAAGUCAUGAGUAUGACUCUCAUGUUGCAUGCCCUGGAGGGUUAUAUCCCAGCAGACGAGAGGAAAUUGGAGGAAUUUCUCAGUAUCUUCCUAGAGGCGUGUACCUCACCUGGAAUCCAUUACAAUAAGUUGACGAGAGUUCACCUCCUCCUGUGCUAUGGUAUUUUGAAUGUGGACAAAGUUUAUUUGAUAAAUUGCAUAAAACUGCAUUUAGUCAAGACGAAGUUCCACGCUGAAGACGAUGUGGGUGAGGUGGAGCACGAAAAUGGCUGGGAGUUAAAUUAUUUCUCUCAAGUCGUGUCGAGAGUGGUUAGAGACAGUGUAAAUUUUCUGAUUCCCCGGAGUGAUUGCGCUUUCUCUGCCCUCCUGGAGGUACUUCUUGGGAAAUUGUGUCAAAUAGGGAACUGUAAUACACUCACCCCGAUCUUCUUGAGUCAAUUUGCACAUGGGGACUUUAUUAAACUUUUUCACGGGGUACGAACAAUUCACCCCAAACUCUUUGGCGCCUUCAUGAACCUGAUGAUUCAUCUCAAUUAUGAUCGAGAUGCCGUGGUGGAAGGUAUUUGUCGAUUGAGCAAUAGUCUGUGCGAUAGACAACUCAGGAGAUUCCUGAUCCAGAAAAUAACAGAGAAAUACCAUCAACCGACCGAUUGGCAGCCACAUACCGUACAACUACUCCUUCAAUUGGAUCUCCCGACAUUCCUAAGGGACCACCACAAAUUCCUCGGGCAAUUGUGCAACAGCGAGAAGCAUGCGAAUGGGAUUCUCGCCCUCGUUGCUGUUUGUCACACGGAAUUCCAAUCCAUUGCCAUUGACAAUGAAAUAUUAAAAUUAAUCGAUAAAUCCCACCACAGCGCCAUGGUGCUCUGCUUACGAAUGUUGCUCAUGCAAUUUUUGGCACAUAGCAGCAAAUCAGUGCAACAGCGUGCACUGGCGAUAGCUACAGAUAAAGUGAAUACUCUCCGAGGUAUGCCAACCACUGAGAUGGACCACAAUCUGCCACUUAAUGAAAUAACAGCUAUCAUCGACGAAUGCAACCGGGAGAAUCUACCCAAUCGCUUUCCCACACUCUUCAGUGCCAUCCUCAAUCUCCACAGGGGUAUUGGUGGACACCAAGCGAUACCAGAAAUUGAAGUGAAAGGUGAGGACAUGGUGAGAGGAAUUGUUGAUGAGCAAUGGUAUAGUCAGCAAGUUUUGUAUCACAUGGGGGCUGAAAGGAAGAAAGCAGGACUCGUGGCGAGAUUGCUAAUGGAUAUAAAAUCAGAAAUGCGAUUAUCCUCAUUGAUGACAUCACCGGAAUUUUCCAGUCACUUCCUCACCGCGUGCCUGAGAGUGGCCUUUGAUGGAAUGAGACGUGCCUUUCAGAUGGACUGUGUGCAACACAGCCCGCACAUGAUGUACCUCAAAGUGCCACCACUCCUCAAGUUCACCCAGCGACGACUUGAGACGGACUUGGGAAAACUGAAUGAUGAUUUUGGAGGCGAUGAGAUGGCACAUGAUCAAAGGUUCCGUGUGUGCCUCGAGGCAGCGACAUGCUUCAUUGAGAAUGUGGCAGAAACAGAACGUAUUUGCCUCGUCCACAUCGAUGGUAGACAAGUUGAGAAGUAUAUUGGGGAGAAUCUGUUGCGUCCCCAAUUCAGUGGUGUGCUCCUUAGUUUUGCCGCACGUUCCGUCUUGGGUACCCUUGCCGGCAUGAGACAGCAGAGUGGCCUCCUGUCGCCUCAAGUGGAUCAUGGUGGGGUGGAAAAGUGUCUGUACUACAUAAAAGUCGCCCUACAUCAACCCCAGAUAUGGAGUGAGUUUGACUCAAUCGACAAACGCCAUGAGGAGUUGAGAGCAAUUGUGGAGUUAAUUCGUGAAUGUUUGAUGGACAUACUCUCGGCCACAAACUUUGUCCGUCACCACCGUGAUCCGGAUAUAUUUUCCACAGCUGCAGGGGAUGAGGAACAAAGCGGAGUUAGGAAAAUGUACAUGGAUGCCAUUUUUGUGGCACGAUUUAUUGAAGAGGAGAAAGAUAUUGUCAAUUGUUGCAUGAUGGGGGAACAAGGAAAAGUUAUCAAUACGCUACGAGUGCUGUCUGAAAUAGCCACCGCGAUUCUUCGAGUGAGUGUCCUCUAUCCCAUUGCGAUAACCCCUUUUAUUUUACUACAUGACAUGGGUCCCCUAACUGUCGAGUAUCCACCGAAACGGUGUCCAAUUCCAUCAAUUCCGAUCGAACAACUCAAUGAUUCUGAACUUUUGCCGAAAUUUAUAUCAAGACUCAAUUUAAUUGGAUUUUCCACGAGGCAACAGUUUGAAGAGAUUUUCAUGUCACUCCUCGUACUUCUCAACAGCGACGUUAAUCCGGAGAUUAUUGAUGCUCAGGAGGAGUAUUUCAUUAAAACGAUGUGCCUUGGAGCAAUUUCCGAAUUGCUGGUCACAUGCAAAAUGUUCCCUCGCAUUGGAUUUCGUCAGGGUGAAUUUCACCACUCACCUCGGUUAGCGCGUGUUAAGGUGGAUAAUAUUGGUGUGAAGAAACUGCAUAAGAUUCUCAGUCUCAUACCAGGACCAAAUGUGUUCUAUCAGAGCAAUUUAGAGAGGGAUUUAUCAUGUGAUAGAACCAUUGGCACCCACUCAUUUGCACCCAAUCAAUUUAGCAUGAAUUUCAUUUGGCAAAUUGUGGAGGAGAAUGUCGUGGAGAUGGAUACAACGCUCAAGAGUGUGAACUACUUUGUUGAGCAGUGUGGUAUUGAUUUCCGGAGUACAGUCCAAUUAAUUUACGACGUUUUUGCCCAACUGAUGGAUCAACAUUGCACACAGACGAUGGUAAAUAUUGCAAAAUUGAGCGAUAUCUGUGAGAAUAGGGAUCAGUGCAAAUGGAUUAGGGAUACAAUGCAGCAACUACAAGAGAGGGUACCACUUGAGAAUACAGUGGCGCAUCAGUAUAUAAUUUACCUCCUCUGCAAAUCGCAUGCAAUUCUUGUGCCGACGCUGAGUGAUUUGACCCAAUUGUGCUCAAUAAUUCCAACAUAUCUCAGGAGCACGCACGUAUUUGUACGGAAUGCAACACUCAAUGGGCUGUUGUGCCUCCUGGAAAGUGCAAUAAAUACAAAUACAAGCAUUGGGGCUCUCAGUGAAGAAAUAAUUCUCCUUCGGAACAUUGCAAUUAGCUACAUAAAUAAGAAUGGGGUCACUGAUGAGAGUGCCUAUUCAUACAGUGACACGCACACCAAACUCGUCUGGACGCUGACAUUCUAUCUAAUUGAGAAGACAUCCAAGUUCGUGCCUGAUUGCACUCUCUUGUCCAAUAUCAUCAUAUCCGUCAAUAAUAUCCUGAAGCGUACGACAAACAUCCUACAGUAUUUGUGUAUUAUUCAUGGUAUGCAACGCCUAGUAAUCACGAAUUCCGUCGAGAAGGUGUACCGUGAGAAAAUGGAGAAGCUCUCACUUGAUUUGAUUAAAUGUGACAAUGAGGAGUUCUCAAUACCAGCCCUGAAACUACUAAUUUCCUGUAUGUACAUCGACGUUGAAAACAUCCCCGUGCAGAAAUAUAUUGUCCAAGCUGGAAAAAGCCUUACUGUUCCUUGUCCAGGAGUAAAUGAACUCUCACUCGUCGACACCCUCACGUGGAAAACAAGUAAAAUUAUCGCACAGUAUGCAAAUGGAAUUCCCUUAGUGCACGACCAACGGAUAUCUCUGUUGCCUGGGAACUUCAGUUUGCAUUUCCACCCGUCCGUUGCAGCUGACACAGCCGAAUACACUUGCCUCGUCAACGAAAGACAUACCCCAGAAUCCAUAGUCGAUUUAGUAGUUCAGGAUGUGCCAAAGAGACCAGGAAGGCCGUUAAUAACGAGUUUUACGUCAAGAGCUGUAAAUUUGUCCUGGCCUUACACCCAGGAUCCCCGAAAUGCUCCAGUAUCGCACUUCAUCAUUGAAACAAGAUCCGGCGAGGAUGGGCCGUGGGAUCAAAAUCCGCAGAUUUAUACACGCAACAAUGCCACCACAUAUGAGGUGACAGGAUUACUCCCCUUCACCGUCUAUAGUUUCAGAACAAUUGCCGUUAAUCAGUUGGGCGAAAGCCCACCGUCCAAAGAGUCAUAUUACAUCGUUACCCUUAGGGAAGUUCCGACGGGUAAACCUGUUGCAACAAUAGCCCACAAUACAUCAGCCACCUCAAUAUACAUUUCCUGGAAGCCUCCAGCGGCCGACACAAUUUUGGGGGAAUUUUUAGGAUAUAGAAUUACAUAUCGCCCUCGCGAUAAAAAUACCGACGAUAUCAAGGAAAUAUACAUCCGGGACAGCAGUGUAGAGAGCCAUGAAAUUCAUGAUUUGGAUACGUACACGCAAUAUCUAGUCUCCAUACAAGUUUUCAACCCCGAAGGUCCCGGCCCUGCAACCACCGUCCUCGUCAUGACGGACGAAGGAGUUCCAAGCAAACCACUCAAUUUGACGGUGCUGGAGGUCACUUCGACGACGAUAAAAUUGUCCUGGCGUAUCCCGGAACACACAAAUGGUGCCAUUACCGGCUACCAAGUGUACUAUGAACACUCCAAUCAAACAUUCUCGGGUCCCAUCCUCAGGGUGGACUCCUCAACCAGUUCCUACAUUCAAUAUGUUCUUCCCAAUUUGAAGCCGUUCACCGAGUAUAAAAUAUACGUACAGGCUCUAACGUGGAAGCAUAUAGGAAAUAGAUCGGAUAUUGUGACGCAGAGAACGGAUAUUAGUGGACCCAGUCCACCGGAAGUCGUGAAUCUCACGUGUCUAGCCCAAAACGUGAUAUUUCUUCAUUGGAAACGACCACUGGAAUACCAUCAUUCAAUUGAUUGGUACAUCAUUAGCUAUAGGGCACUGGAUGAGGCUGAUUUUGAGGAGUUUACCAUCAAUUCAACAGCACACGUAACUGAAUCAUCGAUGAAGCUGCCAAAUUUACCCACAAAUAAAAUUUAUGAGAUUAAAGUACGAGCUGCCUCUGUGAGUGCAAUCAAUCCUCGCAAUACCAUCAAAGGAGGAUAUUCUGAUCCCAAACGGAUUCAUCUACAACCGGGCUGUGAAAAAAUGCAACCACUCCCGAGACAAGUAACAAAUAAUUACAAUUUUGUUAUCACAAUUGCAAUAGUUUUCUGCUGCUUCAUAUUCUUUUUGACUGUCGUGGCACUCGUGCUGUGGAGAAAAUGCUUCCAUGCCGCAUACUACUAUCUGGAUGAUCCUCCAUGUCAGGGGCAGACGGCGCUUUUAAUCGACUGGGAGGCGCCAGUUGAGGUGGGUGGUGAGGUGAGGACUGUGGUGCCAGUGAAUGAGUUUGCCAAGCAUGUGGCAGAAUUGCACGCAGACGGUGAUAUAGGGUUUAGCAAAGAGUACGAGUCAAUUCAGAAUGAAUCGAUAAUGGACGAGUUUCCGUCUGAACAUUCACAGCAUCCGGAGAAUAAAGGGAAAAAUCGCUACUUAAAUAUUAUUGCCUAUGACCACAGUAGGGUACAUUUGCACCCAACUCCAGGACAAAAGAAGUCAAUCGAUUAUAUCAAUGCGAACUUUAUAGACGGCUACCACAAAUCAAGGGCCUUCAUCGGCACCCAGGGCCCAUUGCCUGGUACAUUCGAUUGCUUUUGGCGAAUGAUAUGGGAACAAAGAGUAGCUAUUAUAGUUAUGAUAACAAAUUUAGUGGAGCGUGGUAGACGCAAAUGUGAUAUGUAUUGGCCAAAGGAUGGAACAGAGACAUAUGGCGUGAUACAAGUGAAACUUCUUCAGGAGGACGUUAUGGCGACAUAUACAGUUAGGACGUUUCAAAUUAAACAUCUCAAAUUGAAGAGAAAAAAGCAGGGAUCCAUUGAGAAAAUUGUCUAUCAGUAUCACUACACAAAUUGGCCAGAUCAUGGUACACCCGAUCACCCAUUGCCAGUGCUGAAUUUUGUGAAGAAAUCCUCAGCUGCAAAUCCACAGGAUGCUGGCCCCAUUGUUGUGCACUGCAGUGCUGGUGUGGGGAGAACUGGUACAUACAUUGUCCUCGAUGCCAUGCUACGACAAAUUGAGCACAAAGGCGUCCUCAAUGUGUUCAGCUUCUUGCGGCAUAUUCGUGGCCAGAGGAAUUUUCUGGUGCAGACAGAGGAGCAGUACAUCUUCAUUCAUGAUGCCCUCGUUGAGGCUAUUGGGAGUGGUGAGACGAACAUUCGACCGGACCAACUAAUGGAACAACUCAAUGAUUACAAUUUCCAAGUAGCACAAUUUAAGCUAAUAACGUCCUUUCAACCAAAAGAUGUGAAUAUUGCAUCCGCUAUAAAGGCAGCAAAUUCCACAAAGAAUAGAAGUGGGUUGCUGCCACUGGAGGGUAGUCGUGUGCAUCUGACACCCAAGCCAGGGGUUGAUGGGAGUGACUAUAUUAAUGCUACGUGGUUCCAUGGAUUCCGACGAUUACGUGACUUCAUCGUAACACAGCAUCCCCUGACAUCAACCAUUCGAGACUUCUGGCAAAUGAUCUGGGAUCACAACGCACAAACAAUAGUAUUACUAUCCUCAAUUGAUGAUACGAACUUUCCACAAUUUUGGCCCAAUGAGGAUGAUUCAAUUGAAACUGAUAGUUAUCGUGUUAAAUUCUUGUCCGAGCACAAUUGCAACGAUUAUAUUAAUCGUGAAUUUGUGAUGCAGUCUAUACAAGACGAUUACGAGCUCAACACCAAAAUGCUCCACUGCCCCACGUGGCCGGACCUAAUGACCCCCACUGGGAUUUUCGAUUUUAUAGUGAAAGUGCACGAGAGAGGCUCAGAGUACCGAAAUGGACCGAUAGUUGUUGUAGAUAGAUAUGGUGGAGCUCAAGCAGCAAUAUUUUGCAUUGUAACCUCUUUGGCUAUGCAAUUGGAGUAUGAUGGCACAGCAAAUAUCUAUACGUAUGCCAAAUUAUACCAUAACAAGAGACCAGGGAUUUGGACCACGGCAGAGGAAGUGAAACAAAUUUACCGGAUAUUGACGUAUCUACCGAGUGAUUUGCAAUUACUAAAAUGCACAGCAUUGAGAACGGAGUUUGAGGAUGUGACAACGGCCACGCCGGAUUUAUAUAGUAAAAUAUGCAGCAAUGGAAAUAUAAGCUCAGCCCUUCAUACAUCCAAUUCCCUGACAAAUACCAACAUUACAACUGUCCCCGCGUCAAAUGGGAAUGUUUCAAAGCCAGAAAUAAUAGAGGAUUCCGAAGAGAUGAUCAUACCAAAUAAUGAUGACAACAAAACGGAUGUUUAGGUGAUAACCAGGAAUGCACUGUUGGCACAUUGUUUCCUGGAUUAGUCACCAUGCAGUUCCGCUGGAUACUUGUCCCAUGCUAUUAUUCUGCAUUUGGGUGGAUUUUGGACACCCUCCCACACACACAUUGAUGGCAUGAGAUGAUUUCCAUGAGGUCUACGCAGGAGACCAAGGUAAGAAAUUCAAGUUGAAUAAAAAAACAACAAAAAAACAAGAAACAUACAUCUACCCUUAAGGUAAACACAUUUAUACAUAAACUACUGUAAUAAAAAUAUUUCAAUGUAAUUUAGUAUGAUGAUGAGAAGGUAAAAGAAAAUAGUUUAAAAAUACUCUACUUCGCAAGACUGGAUUUUAUACAUUUUUUAUAUUAAAAAAGGAAUUAAUAUAAUUUGUCGAAUUAUCACAGUUUUAAAUGUUUCCCCAGAAUCACACUACAUUUUAUAAUCAACAAAAAAAAAGUAUAUCAAAAUUUUCCGCCCUCAGCCAGAAUAGGGUGGAAUUUUUAAGCUCAAUUUGCAAAAUUAAUAGUGUGGCUUUUUUUAGGGUUUUUUUUUGCACUUUACUGAUGCGUUGACCAAUUUUGCAUUUAAAAUGAAAUAUUUAAAUAGGUACAUCACACCAUAUUUAUUAGUUUUUUUUAUAAAUAUUUUUUUUUAUAGUUCAGCUCAUAAGUUCGUUAAUACUGUUGGAAUGAUGUAAGAAAUUUUUAAUUUUAAUUAAACCUUAUUUUAUUAUAAAAGAUUUCUCUAAAAACAAUCUUUUUAAUCUUAUUAAAAUUAAAAAAAGAAAUUCACAAGAAAAACGUAAGAGAGUGAAGAAAGAGGAAGACGGUAAAAGACAAGAAAACUUCCUUGUUUAUUUUUUCUUCAAAAGUUCUAGUAAAAAAAAGAAGCAAAUUCUACGAAAAGAUUCUUAAAACAUAUAAAUAGAAAAUUCACAGUUAUGUAUUAAAUCAUUAUAUAUUUCUUUGCUUGCUUACAAUUACUCCGCCUUUCUUUUCCUUUUACAUUUUAAUGCGACUCUCCUGCAUACCAAUAAAUGCUAAUCAGUCGACCUGAUUUUGUCUUUUGUCCCCAGAAGCUUUGAAAAUUUGAAGGAAAAAGCUCUUCGUUUUUUUUUGUCUUCGCUUCUCAGUAUUUUAAUUCAUGGAUUUUUCAAAUCUUUCGAAUAGAAGACUAAAAGUUUUAUAACUUUUCCAAUAUCCCAUGUUUUGCCAAAAAGUUUUGAAGUUGAUCGGCAGUUUUUUUUUGUAAAAUAUCUCUCAUAAGAAAACUUCUACAACACGAAGUAUUUAAAAAAUAUACAUAAAUCAUUGAGAAAUCUUCAUGUCAAGAAAAAUUAAUGACUUCAAUUGAGAAGUACAUAAAAUAGAAGAAAAAAAUAUUCAAGAAUAGAAGAAAAAAAGUUAAGAAAACGAACUUAUGAGCUGCCUUUCAUCACUGGAACCUCCGUACAAUUCCAAAAGCCAUUCCUCUUUUUUUCAAUUAAAUUAAUUAUUUAAAAAAGAAAAAGAACUCAAUUUGAAAUGAAGGAAAAUCACAUAAAAAAAUCAAAACGAGAAAACUGUGAUAAUUUGAUCCUUCCCAGUAAAUAUAAGAUAAGAAAAAAUAUUAAAAGGAAAAAAAAUUAGGCAAACAAAAUAUUUUUCUUUUAUGGUACGAAAUAUAAAAUAUAAAUGUGAUUAUAUAUUUUAGGAAUUAAGUAAAAAAAAAAAAAACAGUAAACGUAUAAAAAAUAUUUUUAAUUUAUUUAAGAAAGUGUAAAUUUAAAACAAAUAUUAAAUAAAUAAUAUAGUUUCUAAGUUAUCCAAAGUAAUUGUAACACAAUGUAGGUGAAAAAAACGUAGUCUUAAUAGCAUUAAAAUCUUUAAAAAAUAAAGAAAAAAAUGGAAUGAACAAUUUUGAAAAAGGAAAUUGUUGUUGAAUAUUCACGUUAAAACAUGAGAGGUAAAAAAAAACUUCUAGUUGACUACACACACAUUUACUAGACGUAGUUGAAAAAUACUAACUUACAAAAAUUACCACAGAAUUUUAUUUUAACUCUUUUGCAAAAAAAAAAUAUAUAACCAGAAUGGGCCAGAGGGAUUAAUCAGUGGUUAUAGAAAUGUUGUGUAUAACAGGCCCCAUUGUGAAAUAAAAAAAAAAUAAAAAGAAUCGCGUAAUAACACGUAAAAUGUAACUUAUAUAGAUGAUAUAUAUACGUAAAAAAGGAUUAAUGUUGAAAAAGUUAUAAACUAACGAGCUUUUUUUUGUAAUUUUUUUUAAACCAUAUUUUAAGAACUCAGAAAAAAAACUUCAUAGACUUUUUUUGCACACAAUUUAGCAAUUAACCUGUUAUAUAUUUUUUUCACCAUAAACUCUAUCUGCAUUUUGCAUGAGACCCCACAUUUCCAUUUUAUGCAGGGAUAAUGUGUGUAAAUAGCGAAAAAUCAACCGGUGGAACGAACAUGCUGAAAUAAUUUACAUUUUAUAGUGUGGUGCAGAAUGUUCUAAAGCUCAUCAAAAAAAAUGCAAUUCUAUGAGGAAUUUUUCAAUGUUUAUCUUCUUUUUUUAAUUCCUCUUUAAAAAAUCUUUGCAUCACAUUAAUUUAGUACAAAAAACUAAUAAUAAACAAGACUUUGGAGGAAUCUUUUAGCCGAAAGGAAAAUCUUUCAAUAUUUUCUAGAAGUUUUGUUUUAAAUGUGAACCUUUAAUGGAAGAUUUGGGUUUAUUUUCUUGGCGUUUUUCCGGUGAUUAAAAGCGUAAUAAGGGAGAUAAGAAAAAUUGGUUGGAACUUAAUUGGUUGGGAGGGUUGCGAAAGUACCUUAAAUAGGAUCUUUUCUACUUAAACUCAAUUUACACCCAAAAUUGCUUAUUGUACUGUAUUCAGUACGCCCGAGAACUUUUUUUUUUUUUUUUUAUAGCCAUAUUGAGCUUUUAUUUUCAUAAUAAUCAAAUGAAUUCAGUUAAAGAAAGAGGUUGUAUUUCUUAUGCGAAAUUUUAAGAAUUUUUGUUGAAAAUUAAGCUUUCUGGACAAUUAAAAAAAAAACUUCCCUAACAUUCCAAAAAAUUCUCUGGCGUACCUGGAUAAAAAAAAAUUAUAAAAUUUUCCGUUUAAACGGUUUUAUUUUUCAAGGAAGGAAUUAUCUUUCAACGUUCGUCACGGUAAAUUGUGUCAAUUCAAGGAAAUCACAAAAUGUUUAGCUGCAUCAUUGUGAUUUCCUUGCAUUGAUACAAUUCAGUGGAAAUACCGGAAAAUGCAUAACUCUUAACAAAUUAUAUUUCAUUUUUAUUCGGAAAAGCUUAAAAUGUAAAAGGAAAUAAGAGAGAAGAGAGAAGAUCUCCAGGAAAAAUAAUUAUUUCUAAGGAAAAAUAUUUAUUUUUCAAUUUAAGAACAUGAGCUGAGCAUUCUUAUUUAAAAAAAAAAUCUAUUUUCUACUCAAUACAAAAAUGUAAAAAGAAAAUUUGAAGAGCUUUUAAUCUCUCAACAACUUCACUCGAAAUGCCUUUCAAUGUAAUCUUUGAUAAGAGAGUUCAUUUCUCUUGAAGGAUUUUCCAACUGGCGAUCAAUAAAAGAAAAGAUUUCUCUUCAACAAAUUAUCCGUAGUUUUUUCUUGAAGCCAUUAUUUGCAUUUAUAGAAUUCUCUAAAUUGAUUGUAUCUGCUUAAAAGUCAUUUAAAACCGAAAUUCAAUGUACUACCUAAAACCUUUAUGUUUCCGUCUUUCUCUCAAUAUUAAUGCCUAUUAAUGAAUCUAUAAUUCAAUUCGACCGAUUCGACCUCAAUACGAGGAAAAAGGGAUGACCGGGACUAUUUCAGUUAAACUCUAUAAUAGUUUAAAAUUCAGUUCUUUCUUUGAAACAAUUUAGAAAUUAAUCAAAAAGUUGUCGCUUUAGAAUUUUCAAUUUUAAAAAAUUCUAAAUAAUUUUCUGAAUGAACUUUUUAUUACACGAAUUAACUAUAAAAGCUCCGGUUUUUCCUAAAUAUUUUAAUUUUUUAUCCUUUAAUUCCCUACAUUGAACAUCACAUGCAAAGUUGAGAUAAAUUUAUCCUACCCUGAAUUACAAAUUGAAAUUAAUUUUUGCUCCAUUAUCCGCUGUUUAUUUGUUUUUUCUUUAGCAAAAAAUGAUUAUAAUAUCCUUUUAAAAUGCACAAUAAUGCAUGUUUUAAACUCAUAUACAAAAAUGUCACACUGUCAGGUGUGUGUUGAAUGCCAAAUUAUAUUUUAAUAACGGACACAUGAAAUGAAAAUGAAAUGACACAAUAAGUUAUUACAGUCCGCAUGAUAAAAUUUUCCAACUGAUAUACAAAUUUUCUGAAUAUUUUCUUUUUAAUAAAUGAAACAAACUUUUUUCUCCUUCUGCCGUUUUUUCUAUAUACAUAUAUUCUAUUAGGAUGAACAUAAGAAAAAAAAGGAAAUAGUAAUCACUUUUUUUUAGAUUGCUGCCAUUUGUAAAAUCAGGAAGAAAGUGUUGGGUGAAAAAAAAGAAGAAUAUUAGAAAUGAAAAUAAUGAGAAAUGAUGUUAUAGAAACAUAAAAUAAAAAUUAAAAAAUAUAACAUUGAUAUUAUGGGUGAAUAUUUAAAAACAAAAAAAUAUAGAAGAUGAAGAGAAAAAAUAACUUUACUAGUCCGUUCAAUAUUUAAAAUUAUCAUUAGAAGUGUGUUUGAGAAAAAAAAAGGACAAAAGUAGGAGACGAAAUAUGAAUUAUAUAUAUAUUACUUACAUUCAAAAUGUGAAAUGUAAAAAAAGAAUAAAUUAAAAAAAAAACAUAAUAAGAUGAAAAACUUUUAGAGAAAAAAAAAGCCGUAGUUGCGAAUAUUUUUAAGUUAAAAGGAGAAAAUAAAAGAGAAAAUUUGAAAAUGUAAGAAACAGAAAUGAAAGUAGAUAUGUGUAACAGAUCUUAUAUUUUACGCAAAAAAAGGAGGAAAAUAUGAAUGGAAAGGAUGUGGAGGGUUUUGAGGAGGAGUACAAGUGCAAUGUGUAUGACUUGUGCUGAAAGAGAGAAAACAUCCCUAUAAAAUAUACAAAGCACUAUACUUUGCUUUA